AAGACUCUAACUCUCAGCACACACAGAGCAGAGCUGUAAGGCACGGACAAAAGGAGCAAAAUACUGUGACUGAUAACUGAAGAGGAUACAGUAUAUUUAAUUGCACAUGGCAGAGAUUUAUAGCGGUGGGCAGCUUCAACACUUCAUUGACGGCUACGAUGUCCACAGGAGCAAUUGGAUGCGUUACGUCAACCCUGCCUGCUCUCUUGCUGAACAGAACUUGGUAGCAUGCCAGAACGGCCGGGACAUCUAUUUCUAUACCAUCGGUCCUGUGGAGCCCAAACAGGAGCUGCUGGUCUGGUACAGUCAGGAGUUCGCCCACAGGCUCUGCAGCCAGCAAGACGAUAUCAAACACAAAAACACGAGUACUAACAAGGAAGACCAAGAGCAUGAGUACGUAAAACAACACUUACCUCAGCAGACGUUUCUUAAAGAAAGAGCAAAGGAAGAGAUAAAGGAAGGGAGGCACGAUGACACAGAAGAAAAGAUUGAUGUGGAAAUGUUGGAGAGAGACACUCCACCGGACACACCUGAUGACCAGAUAAUCGACUUCAGCAAAAAAGAUGAGAAGGAGGAUAAGGAUCCAGAGGGAAGGUUCAUCAUUCCUUCCCCUCAGCUCGACCACAGAGAGCCCAGUCUGGGGUUAAAUCAUACGUACUUACCAGAUCACCACCCGACACUCCCAGCUGCACACAGAAAUCUUCCCCUUCACCUCCAUGGUCUCUAUGGGCACAGAGAGGGCCUAGUGUCAUCUUACCCAGUUUACUCCCAGUCCAGACCUCUGCAGCCCUCCUACCAAUUCCUUCCUCCCUAUAACCCACAUUAUUCUCGCCUCCUGCUCCCUCCAUACUCGCCUCCUUUUCAUGGGAUUCUGGCCUCGAGAGGAUCCCUCCAAUACAGCGGAUAUCCUGGCACCGACGGACUCCUGUACCCCCCCGUUGGCCCACCCAAUCUACUUCCAGUGUCCCUCUCCUACUCCGCAUCUCCGCAAGGAGGUCUGAAAGAGCUAACACCAAAUAUUUCCCCGCCAAGAGGAGCCCCAGCCACUCCAGAGCUCUCACCGCCUGCCAAGUCCAACAGCCAGCAUCAGUCCCCUGAGCAGUCUUCCUCUGGCUAUGAGGAGGCUAUGAACCUAAGCCUGGCUACAACCAAAAGCAGCACAGCACCACGCAAUGGGCCUGGUCACAAAUCCCUGCCCUAUCCACUGAAGAAGCAGAAUGGAAAGAUCAAGUAUGAAUGCAAUAUCUGCUCAAAGACCUUUGGACAGCUGUCAAACCUCAAGGUUCAUCUGCGAGUGCACAGUGGCGAGAGACCAUUCCAGUGUAACCUCUGUAAAAAAAGCUUCACUCAGCUCGCCCACCUCCAGAAACAUCACCUCGUCCACACGGGAGAGAAACCGCAUGAAUGUCCGGUGUGCCAGAAGCGCUUCAGUAGCACCAGCAACUUGAAAACACACUUGCGACUACACUCUGGGGAAAAGCCUUACCAGUGCAAGCUGUGCAACACCAAGUUCACUCAGUACAUCCACCUCAAACUGCACCGCCGUCUCCACAGCAGCCGCGACCGCCCCUAUCGCUGCCAGCUCUGCGCCCAGGCCUUUUUCCACCAUUUCUCUCUCUGCAUCCACCAGCGCACCUCCUGCCCAGCUAGCUCCAGCGCUCCCGUCGAUGUGCACAUGAAAGAGAUGGUGGCGCGGUUUGACGCCAGCCAGGAGGCCGACACGCUCGCGGAAGGAGCAUCGGCAUCUCAGGUGGGGGAAGCUGUUGAGCACUGGCUGGCUCGUACCUUGGAGGGUGAAGGAAAGGAAGACCAGAAGGAGGCCACCAUGCUGCUAAAAGCUCUGACUGCAGCUAUUAGCACACCGCUGACACCAAUGACGCAAUCAGCAUCACACCACAGUCCUCCUCAUGCCUACCAGGAGAGGGCCAGCGUCGUUCACCUCCACAAACGGCCAUCUGUGAAAACAGAAGGACAGUGAGAAGGACUAUAAAGUUGAACAUACAGCAUAUAAUCUACCAAGAAUAUGAGUGUCACCAAAUAAAAUUCCCUGUCUUGCCAUAUGGGGCAUGAUGGGGAACAUGAACUUACCUAUUCCAAUGAGCACAACACCAAAAGAUGAGCAUUCCAAAGACUGGGUGAUAGUAUUAAGUGAUUGUACUUUCUCCCCAAACCUCAGUUUAAACAGAGAAACAUGGGAGGUGUUGUUAAGCUGUGAAGUAUUUAAAAACCCUUUUUACUCAGGUAGACAAUUAUUUUCCUUUUUGUGCUUUAACUUAUUCCUUUUUUUAAAAAAUGGCAUCACCAUUAUUUAUUUAGUUUAUUUGUAGUUCUUUCGUUUUCUGUUAGUGUUAUUUUUGUGUGUUUGCGUUUAUGUGUCGGCAUUUCCGGAGAGAUUGUGAAGCUCUUAGGAAAAUCGCAAAUGGACUCAGGAAAAAAGAACAAAAAAACAUGUGACACGAACCUGUGGAUGAGCCUUCACUCGUUAUGUUGUACUGUGUGCAUUAUUUUACUUUGUCAGUCAAAGACAGAACACGGAGAUGGCGCAAACCACCUUCCAACUCCCCCCAAAAAAGUCUGCAGCUGUUUAUUUAUGAUAAAGGGAAACAAAGAACCUCUUGAAACUGUGUAAUAAUAAGCAUUUGCCAAAAAUUACAAGCAAAAAACAUGAACACGCAGCGCUGUUUUUUGGAUCAUUAUUUAACUCGUUCUUACAUCAUGAAGAGAUUCAGACAAAGCAUUAAUCACCUUUUUGAUGACUUGACUUGCCAAGUUUGAUACCGCAGACACACUCUGUCCUGAUCAAAAGCUAACGCAGCCAAAAGAAACAAAAGACAACAGAUUCAAUGUGAACAGUUAGGGAAACGGGUUCCUCUAAAAAAAAGAAAAAAAAAAAAAAGAGGAUGUUUUACAUGUUUAUGUUUCCUACACAGAACUUUUUACUCCAGAUGUUACUGCAAACAAGAGCUUCAUCCAAAUGUAAACUGAAACAUCGGUACCUAGCUUUUUAAUAUUUUUGUAUUGUAGCACUGUACAGUAACGAUGCAGCAACAUCGGUAUGCUUUUGCCAUUCUUUAAAAUUUUACUACUGAGUAAUAUACUUUUUUUUUGUUUUUUAGUGCUUUUUCCUGUACAGUAUGUUUGUUUAUGUAGUUUAUUUUUGCAAACAAGUUAUGAGAGGUUAAAAAUUUAUAUGUGAGAGACUAUUUUGAUGAUACUUUUAUAU